AUGUUUUUGGUCACAUAUGUAGUUGACAGUGCUUUGUUCCCACCAUCCAUAUUGGCCGAAAUACCAUCUACCGCAAGACGGACUGAUAUUGGAGCAGAGGCAUUCAACAAGAAUUAUAAUGAACUCCUUUACUCAUCCCACCCUUCCAUGUUUGUGUUUGUGGACAAUAUACCAUGGCAUUUUCUGUCUUACAAAGAUACAGAUUACUGUAGAAGAAGUCCAAUUGCUGAUAUAGUAUUCGCACUCGAUUCCUCUGCGAGCAUUCAUCGGGACCAAUUCCGUCAACAAUUGCAAUUUGUUGAGCAAGUAGUUGAUAAGUUUCCAAUAUCAAAAAAUGAAGUGAGAGUCGGUCUUUUAACAUUUAGCUACCAUGUAUAUCCAGCCUUCAAUCUCAAUAAAUAUGUUGAUAAAAAAUCAUUAAAACAUGGCAUCAAGAGAGUUGCCUAUGUCGGGGAAGGAACCCAUACUGCUGAAGCUAUCGCAUACGCACGUGACAUAAUGUUUUCUGCACAAAAUGGAGGACGGAAGCUUGCACCAGAUAUUUUAAUUUUAAUAACGGACGGAAUAUCAGAAAAUAAAACAGCAACAAUUUAUGAGUCGAAAAUGUUAAAACAAAAAGGAGUCAAAACUAUCGUGAUUGGUGUGAGCAGUGGUGUCGACAGAUUUGAACUACAGGCUAUAGCAAGUACACCAUCGUCAAGAUUUGUGUUCAGUGUUGACAACUUUGGAAGUUUGAAAACAAUAAUUGAUGAUUUAACGUACAAAACAUGCAAAGAAUCAAAGCAAGCAAAUAUAAAGAAAGACCGAGGAGAAAGGAAACAACUUUUAUCCCGUCUAACUUUUGUCUAUGAUCAGGUUACUACUGCCAACGUUGAUAAAGAGCUGCGAAAAAGUAUAGCCCUGAUGGCAAAAAAUAUUGAUGUUCACAAAACAAAGAUGGUCUUUUCUUUACUGAAUCAACCUGAUGUAACAACGCCGCAAAGAAGACACAUGUUCUUAAAUAAUCUGCAACCAGGCAUAACAAAAUCAAGAAGACUGCGAAAACUGAUAAAAUCCUUAUACACAAGCCUAUUUGCUUUUCCAAGAGAACAAACACAAACAGUUGUAGUUUUCCUGUAUGGGAAACAUCUUCAAAACAACAGGAUUUUUGAAGAACUGAAACGUGUCUCAAGUAUUUCUGAAUUAUACGUAGUAAAACUUUCACGAACAUUUUAUUACAAAGAAAAUGAGUUAUGUCCCUUCAAUCGACAUUGUGUUUAUACAGUCGACAAAAAGAUGUCAAUAAACGAUAUUCUUGGAUCGAUAAAACAGCAAAUUUGUUUGCAAGAAAGGUGCUAGCUAUUCUGUGGCUUUUUGUAUUCACUUUCAUCAAUUCGAAGCAUUUGUUUUCCAGUCAUAUUUUAUUUGUUAUUUAUCUAAUGCAUGGCUUUCCAUAGAUCUUUACUUUUGAAUAUUAAUCGAAUCUUGAUACCAGGAAAGCUCCUAGAUAGAGUUUUAUAAAAAAAAUUAUCAUUUCAGAAAACAAACUAUAGUAUUUAUUUUCUAGUGUUAUAUGUCGAUUUUUAAUACGGCAUUAUUAUUUUUUCCGAAAAAUAUUGUUCCGCAAAAGAAAGAUACCUAUAGUUAAUAACAUAUUGGCCAGUGAAACAGCCCUCAGCGCAACGUACUUCUCUGAAUAACAGCUACCAGUUCAAAUGACAUGAAUUUCGUUAAGUAAAAAAAAUGGAGCAGAUUUUCCCAUCUAAAGAUAGCAAGAAAACAAACCGAAUCUCACCAAUCGGUGCACAAUUAACAAAGUUCAUAAAUUUACUGAACAUGUUUUGUAGCUGUAUU